GACAAACUCGGAAAGCUUCGAAGCCCACACCACGUAUGUACUCCUUUCGCCAAACAACAAUUCUCUCAAGAUGACCUCGCUCAUAUUCCUCGAACGGUUAGCCACACAGCCUCCAACAGCACCGGCAACCCGCCCGUCUGUGUGGAUCCGACUGCCACACCCGCGCACGGGCGAACUAGUCUACUUCACACUCCGCCCCGACCCACCGCACCUCCUCGAAAUUCAGCGAGUGGAUAAUGACGGAUGCAGCUCGUGGUUUAUUGACGAUAGUGUGCAGAAAGGUGAGGGUCGGCAGAGAUGGUGCAAUGUGCAUGGGAGGGGGAGAGGGUUUUCAUUCGGCGUAUUUGGGAACGCAGAUGGGAGCUUGUACACUGCCUCGCCCAUGGAUCCUCUGUUCGUCCUGUUACCCUUAUUGGAUGCGCGGCGAAAGCAGACUGAUGCAGCAGCAGGACAGUAUAUUUCGCUAGACGACCUGCUAUUCAGUGAGGAGUACAGAGAUCUGAGCAGGAUAGGCGGGAUUGAGGACUUGGCGGAUCGGCUGGCGGCGGUUUGUGAUACGACCUCUCCAACACCCGACCUCGUCUGUGUGCGGUUAAACGACGAGAAGGUGGUGCGGUGGAUGAAAGCCAAGUGCCAACGAAUUCUCGAAAACUUUGAUAAUUACGAACUGCUGGACAGCGUGCGAUCGGGAGAGGAGGGGUUGGAGGUUGAGCAGAUCAAAACAUCGAGAUUACGAGUCGCUAUUAGGCUCUUAUCAGAGUACCUGCGGCCAUGCUGGGUGGAGAAACUGCAGGAUGCGUACGGUUUGAAGAACGCCCAGGACGCCAACGACGGCUUUGUCUACUUCGACAACGUGCUCAAGCGCCCGGCACCCAAGACCGGGUCCGCGCAAUCGGGUGCAGACGCAAAGAAAGCGAAACUGACACCGGGGCAGAGAUCGCUGGCGAAGGCGAAUAGGGAGGGGAUGAAGAGUAUCACUAGCUUCUUUAAGAAGUGAGGGUUUUGAUGGUGGAUGAUGGCAUGGGAGAGAAUCGGCGUAUCUGGGUUGGAUCGGAUUGUAUAUAGCGUCGCUAGCUUAAUUUAGAUGGUCGGCGAUGCCCCGUUUCGUGAGGACAUAUCGUUUGUCUGGUGUAAUAGCAUUCCUCGGCCUGACCUUCUAUAUACGGCCGUUUGCUAUGGGUCCUGGAGUGACUUUCCCCAAG